CUGAUCCAGAGUGGUACCCAACUCUGUCAGCCGGAAAUAGUCGAAAUAAGCAAGCGUCGUGAAGACUGUGAUGAGAUGAAAAACAACAACAGACAUAUAUAAUUUAACCAAAUUAUUGUAAAUAAUUGUAGAACAACUGUCAAAAUGGCCUGUGUGAAAACAAUCAUUGUGACGUUUAUAACGGGCAUUGCGUUUGCAGAUAUUGUAAUUCAACCAGAUGAAUGUCCAGGAAUGUACUGUGGCAGAAUGAACAUUGGACCAGCUCGCUACUCAGAUUGUGGGGCCUGUCCUCGAGGAUAUCAAGCAGAGAACUCUGUCUGUGGUGAAUGCACGAGCUCACCCGACCUCUACGAUUGGCUCUACUUGGGAUUCAUGGCCAUCACAUCCAUACUUCUACAUUGCUUCUUCAUAGAUUACACAAACGUUAAAAAAGAGUCUCUAGUUGUUCUUCACCUGUCGGCCGUAGUUGAAAGCGUGAUGGCCGCCAUAUUGACGCUCCUGUUGGCAGACCCGCUUGGUUCACUAAGCCUGCGCUCAUGCCCAGUUGCCAGGCUGCAGGACUGGUAUUCCAUGCUCUACAAUCCAUCGCCUAACUAUACUACGACCUUGCAUUGUACACAGGAGAUUGUUUAUCCCCUGUACACUAUAGUGAUGAUCUACUAUGCCUUUUCCCUGGUAUUUAUGAUGUGCUUACGGCCAUUCAUCAGCUACCAGUUUGUGGAUUGCCUGGGCACUAAGUCGAUCUACGCUGCACUCUAUUUUCUGCCGAUUCUUAUUGUUGUACAGGCUUUAUUGGCUGGGCUUCUGUAUUACUCAUUUCCCUACAUUCUCAUUAUUGUUACCCUGAUAACAAGUGCCGUCCACCUGUUCAGGACUGUCCACUCGAGCGUCAAAGAUCUUAUAAAAGAAAACCUGACGGACGCCCGUCGCCUAAUUAUUCUUAUCUGCCACUGGGUUCUACACGGAUAUGGAAUUAUAUCACUUACCGAGCUAAAGAAUCCGGAACUUCAUGGGCCAGUGCUGCUACUGGUCUUUUGCCCUACAGUUUUUUAUGUUACAACAACAAAGUUUACAAAUCCGAGUAAUUUACAAACAGCGGAAUAAUGUGUUAUUUUUUAAAAUUAUACAGGAAUUAUAUAAGUUAUGAACAGUUAGAACAUUCAUCAGAUAUAUUUAUUGUUUUAAUUAGCAUUUUUGUUACGAGUGGAUAUUGUCAACAUGACUAGGUUACAGUACAUGUAUGAUAUCAUAAAAUAUUAUUGCGUAUUUAUGUAUUGUAAAUUUUUGAUAGAAUAUUUUAAAGAAAUAUAUUGGCGUUUAGAUAUGGAAAAACCAGUUGGGUGGGUAGAAGGGUGGACUUGCUGGAAAAAACUCCACUGUAAUUACAAUUCCAGUAAAGUUUCAUUAUCCUGACGUGUGCAAACGUUUUUGGUCUAUGUUGAUGAAACUGAACACUAAAUACAUACAAGGGGCACAACUGCAUGUAAAGCAAUGUUUUGAUAAGAGUUUAUUCUUGGAUUGAUGUCUUAUUCUAACUUCACAAAAAAGUGAAACUUUUCUCACAGUUUCAUUUAUACCAUAUGUGCUAAUGAAAAUACUUUCAAUAGUACUAUUAACAUCAUCUUUACUGCCUAGCUUGUCAUUGUUUGCAACCUGGAAAUGAAAUCAAUUUGUUAAAGCAAUUUAAAGACAAGCAUUAAAUCAAAAUGCUUGUGUUGAGAAUAUAAUAUAGAUAUACUUUCACAGUUUAUUGCUUUACAUCUAUACAUCUGUACAAGGCAUAUUGCUGCAAUAAAGGAAUCUAGGUUUAUUAUUAAUGAUUUAAAAGGAUGUCAUAUUAGCCUGGGGAACACCUUUGUUUAAAAAACGAUUACCUGCAUUUUAUCAAACAUUUCACUUGCAAGAUUAAUGUUUUCAUAUGCAGUAAUUCUAACAAAUACAUUUUUGUGUAAUUAAUAAGAAUACAUAAUCUUUGGACGAUAUUUAUUAGCAUUUCCUUUAUUCCAAAUUUAAACUUGUUUGUGCCAUUAGAUUUAUUUUUUUUAAAUCUGAGUAUUGCUAGUACAUAACUUGCCUAGCUAUUUGUCAUGAAAUCCUUUCUAUGGCCAUUCUCCCCCUACCUUUGAUGAUUCCAGCAGUUGUCAGUUACUGGCAUAAGUGAGCUUAUAACUAGUUAACCAGCCCUCCCAUGAAAUGUUUAAGUUGGUAAACUUAUGGCCGUGAUAUUACUGAAAUACUGUUGACAAGGCAAACAAUCCAAUCAACAAAAAACAAACAUUUUUGAGAGCAAGUAUAAGUACAUGACCACCAGUAUGUAUCAGGCUAAUGUAGUUUUGCUCAACAUGCUCAUGUAUGACUUUCAGUCAGUACACUACUUGUUUAUUGAUGUGACAUGUAUAAUUGUUUGAGUCUCGUCCUGGGAAAAUGGUGCUUAAUGCGAGUGGGUAGUGUUGUCCCAGACUAGCCUUGCAAUCAGGGAAGACACUUUCCAUUUAAACUAGUUUAUUAUUUAGAAAAGACUAAACAAUUUUUUUAUUGAAAUAGAAAAUGUAAUUCCUCAUCUGGGAAAACAUGUCACCCACAUGCAUUAAGCACCGUUUUCCCAGAGACAACUCAGUUUUUAUUUGUCGGCUUCUGUGGAAAAUCUCAAUUCAUAUGACUAUGUCUACCUAUUUUCUGUUUUUAUUUUUUCAGAAAGACAUUCCUUAAAAAACAUGAAUUUGUCUUGAUUCAUUGAAAACUAUCAGAGUUGUCUUCACACAUUUGAAGACAUGCAUAUGUUUGUAAAGUACUUAAACACUUGAACAUUUGAUAACCCAUGUUAUAAAUGAGUAAUUGGCUGUGCCAAGAGGACUGGAAAUAUUUUCAUAAAUAAGCUUUGCUUCCAGAAAACCGACCUUAAUGCAUGUGGAUAAAGUGCCGUCCCAGAUUAGCACGUGCAGUCCACACAGGCUAAUCAGUGACAUCUAUUCUGCCUAAACUGGAUUUUUAUAAAGAAGAGAAUUAUCUUAAGACCAAAAUUACAAUAAAAGCAAAAAGUGUCGUCCCUGAUUAGCCUGCUGAACAUUAUAAUCUAGGAAGACACUUUACACACAUGCAUAGUCCUGAUUUCACAUAGUGAAGAUCAAAUCUAGGCACAUGAUUUUGCUAAUUGUGUUCAUGUACAGGUACAUUGUAUAUUGCAUUUCAUUUCAUGAACACUUGAACAUUGCAAGGUUGAAAAUGGUAGUAAUACUAAUAAUUACCUUUGACAAAUUGCCGCAUAAUGCCUCUUUCAGUUUAUAUGCUGGAAUAUUAGCAAUACUUUAUGUUAUAUGAUGUUCAUUCCCUACAUUUGUGUAUUUUCAUUGUUGAUUCACCUAUCUUUAUGUUUGGUAAAAAUGUGCAAGGCUUAAUAAAUAUCAUUUGUUA